GGUACACUCGCAGUCUCUCACUCUAUUCGCCUACUGGUAUCUGGGAAGGACCUGUGUGAACUAAGGAGCAUGGAUAGAGGGCGACGCGCCAUGCCGGUGCAGAACAAGGCCUGCUACGAAAGACACGUCAAGAAGUGCCAAGACAACCACCGGGAUAGAUUAGCGAAAAUGAAGCCAACUAUCGAUUGCCACGCUCCCUCCAGCAUGCGAAAAGUGGCCACCAAGACAAACGCCAAGAAGCAGCAGAUUAUGGAGGAUAGAUACGCUCAGAUCGAGCGCGACAAUCGACUUCUGCUGGAGAAGAUGUCUCACAUCAUGCGUAAAGGCGGUGUGGACAACCACAAUAGCACGUCCAAGUACUCUAAGUCCCUCAACAAAGGCGCACGCAAGAAGGAGCUACACAAAAUCACAACAGAGAACCAGCGCAUCCUCCAUGCAAUCCAGCAGGCGGAUCCCUUUUACGACCACAUCAAGUGGGCUGAAGAGGCGCAACAGAACGAAAAGUACAUGCGCAAUAUUUGCACGAUGCCAGUUCGUCUGAGGGAGGAAGAUACGGACGACGAGGGGAUGUACGCUGGCGAGGGAUAACGGCAUGGCCACCUUUCACCGUAGGACGAAGCGAAGAGGCCUUAGAGCGUUUUUACUGUGCGGCGUGUUCGCGAAAUUUGUUUAUUAGUUCGAUUCGAACCCUGCCCCACACAAAAUGCAGGCCCGCUCUGCCCCUUGCUCUCUGUUUUGUUUUUUCAAGGGCAUUUCGCCUAAAAAAAAAUCAAACAACCGCCUAGCCCGUGGGAUGAACGUGCCGUACGCGGAGAAGGGAGUUAAGGUCAACAUUUUUUUGCAUACGCGAGUACUUUUAUGUGACCCCAGGGUUAAUUUGUAGCCCAGGGUCGUCCGAACUCUAGCGAUGGCACUCAAAAAUUAGUUCUGCCGUGCCGGACCUCGGCGACAUCUGCGAACAAGCUUCUGAGAACUUUGGGAGUUGUAGUUAUUCUGUGUUUCGUGCUGGAUGACUGUCCUUUGUGUUGGGGG